AUGGCCGAGCAGAGCGAUCGAUCUCAUCCCUCUAGGAUCGAUGAGGAAAGGGCCGCCAUGCCGAGCUUAUCGCCCAAGUCGCUCCCGAGGCGGCGGAGAAUCAAGUGGCUCGGUAUCUCGAUUGCGUCCAUCUUAUUCGCAGUGGUUGUAAUUGGCGUGCUUGCCCUCACUGCAUUCCGCUUCCGAGACCCCGAGCUCAAGCUCGACUCAAUAGCCAUAACCAACAUAAGCUUAUCCUUUGCGGCUUCCGUCAACCUGACCCUCAGGGAAGAAAUCAGGGUGAGGAACCAGAACUGGGGCACGUUCGAGAUCAAGGACAGCGUCGCGGUCUUGACAUUUCUGGGAGCCCGAAUUGGGGAGAACGAGGUGGCGGACCGGGGAACCGGCGUGAAGAAGCGGAGCUCGAGAAGGGAGGCGGUGGCGAUCGAAGCGGGGCCGAUCGACGCCACGAGUGGCGACGGCGCUAACUCCACCUCGGAUGCCGUGGAGAUAGGGGCUUACGCCUACGUGUCCGGGGAGGUGAGCUUGCUGGGCGUGCUCAAGAGGCGGAGGUCCGGGAGCCUGAACUGCACGGCGAGCCUCAGCUUGACGACGCGGGCAGUUCGGAACUUGAGCUGUCGCUAG